AUGAAUAUGUCAUUUGGAAACGAUGCCUAUCAGAUUAAGAUGACCCACGUGACAGCAGAUUGCACUACUCCAGGUUCUGUUGAUCAUUCUGACCAGCCUCAGUGCCACAUGAAUACGUCAUUUGCAAACGAUGCCCCUCAGAAACAGAUGACCCACGUGACAGCAGAUUGCACUACUCCAGGUUCUGUUGAUCAUUCUGACCAGCCUCAGUGCCACAUGAAUACGUCAUUUGCAAACGAUGCCCCUCAGAAACAGAUGACCCACGUGACAGCAGAUUGCACUACUCCAGGUUCUGUUGAUCAUUCUGACCAGCCUCAGUGCCACAUGAAUACGUCAUUUGCAAAUGAUGCCCCUCAGAAACAGAUGACCCACGUGACAGCAGAUUGCACUACUCCAGGUUCUGUUGAUCAUUCUGACCAGCCUCAGUGCCACAUGAAUACGUCAUUUGCAAACGAUGCCCCUCAGAAACAGAUGACCCACGUGACAGCAGAUUGCACUACUCCAGGUUCUGUUGAUCAUUCUGACCAGCCUCAGUGCCACAUGAAUACGUCAUUUGCAAACGAUGCCCCUCAGAAACAGCCUCAGUCCCACAUGAAUACGUCAGUUGGAAACGAUGCCAAUCAGAAACAAAUUCUUGCACAGCACACAUGGGAAGUCGAUUAUGUACCAAAACUGAUAAGGACAAAAAGUGUCAUAAUGAAAGACACAAAUCAUCUUGACUUGCAGAGUUUAGACAGAGCAGGGUCAGGGCAGGGUCAGAGCAGGGUCAGGGCAGGGUCAGAGCAGGAUCAGAGCAGGGUCAGAGCAGGGUCAGAGCAGGGUCAGAGCAGGGUCAGAGCAGGGUCAGGGCAGGGUCAGAGCAGGGUCAGAGCAGGGUCAGGGCAGGGUCAGAGCAGGGUCAGAGCAGGGUCAGAGCAGGGUCAGGGCAGGGUCAGAGCAGGGUCAGAGCAGGGUCAGAGCAGGGUCAGAGCAGGGUCAGGGCAGGGUCAGAGCAGGGUCAGAGCAGGGUCAGAGCAGGGUCAGAGCAGGGUCAGGGCAGGGUCAGAGCAGGGUCAGAGCAGGGUCAGGGCAGGGUCAGAGCAGGGUCAGAGCAGGGUCAGGGCAGGGUCAGAGCAGGGUCAGAGCAGGGUCAGAGCAGGGUCAGAGCAGGGUCAGGGCAGGGUCAGAGCAGGGUCAGAGCAGGGUCAGAGCAGGGUCAGAGCAGGGUCAGAGCAGGGUCAGAGCAGGGUCAGGGCAGACAUUCCCCAAAGUCUGAUCUGGGAGAUCCUCUCUACAGCUUCAGUGGAGCAUGUUUCAGAGCGACUGGUCAGAGACGGCUUCUGCUCUGUAUGUGCACAAAUCUGUCCUCUCUGA